AUGGAUCGAGAUGUGCUACGAAGACCGCUAUACCUAGUGGCUUUCCUCGGCCUCCUACUAGUGUAUUUUACCGCCUAUGAUUACCUCUUGACUCCCAAUGAAGGUGCCGACGCCGGAUCGUGCAGAGUGGUAUCCAUGUAUCCGUCGUUUGCAAGGAUCCGGUCAUUUGACCAAUCUCACACAAAGUUUGCUUCCAAGUUCUCGCUCUAUUUAUACCGAGAACAAGGAAAAGAUCCCAUUCCAAAAGAAGAGAACGAGGGUUUUCAGUCUCUCGAUGGAAUACCAGCUCUCUUCAUACCUGGAAAUGCUGGCUCAUACCGCCAGAUGCGCUCUAUUGCUGCCGAAAUCUCCAACUUAUACUUUGACGACAAUAUUCAUGUGGUAACCAACCCUAACGCCAGAAAUUUCGAUUUUUUUACCGCCGAUUUCAAUGAGGACUUCACUGCAUUCCAUGGCAGAACCAUGCUUGAUCAGGCAGAGUUUUUGAAUGAGGCAAUUCGCUUCAUUUUGCUGCUUUACCUGAAUACGUCAAAUCCUCCAACAUCGGUAAUAAUCGUGGCCCAUUCCAUGGGUGGAAUUGUAGCCCGCGUCAUGCCCACACUUCCUAAUUACGUUCUAGGAUCUAUAAACACUAUAGUCACUUUAUCUUCCCCGCAUUCAGCUGCUCCUUUGACUUUCGAUGGUGACAUCUUGAAGAUAUACCUGGCAAUCGAUAGAUUCUGGUUAGAUGCCUUUGAAGUUGAUCCCAAUUCGCUGGGAGUGGCUCAUCUGAGACUAAAAAAUGUAUCUUUGGUGUCAAUCACUGGUGGCCUCUUGGAUUCUGUGCUUCCAGCUGACUACACCACGUUGGGCUUCUUGGUCCCUCCGUCCAACGGAUUUGCCGUUUAUACGACAGGAAUUCCUGACGUGUGGACUCCGAUGGACCAUUUGGCUAUUAUGUGGUGUCGUCAAUUGAGACGUCAAUUGCUGAGAAUGCUUUUGGAGUUGGUUGAUGUCACUUCUCCUCAUAGAACAUAUCCUCUAGAAAAGCGCAUGCCCAUUAUGCGCCGUCAUUUGUUGUCUGGGUUUGAGAGCUACUCGAAGAAUGAUAGACUCCCACCUGGAGAUGCUGAUGACCACAUUAUUUUAAGGUUUGAUAACAAGGAAUCGGGUCGUGGUGCCUUUCCAAGAUACAUUUGGAAGUCAAAUGAAUCCAAGGACUUGGUAACUUCGAUCCCUUUACUGGUGAAUUCUACUAUUCUGAUAGUGUCUGAUACAGAAUUGGAUCAGGUUUUCUCGUCGAAAGGCGUUAAGAUUCUUCUUUGUCGAAAAGAGGGAAAGGGCACCAGAACUUUGGACCUCACCACACUGGUAACCAACGAGUACAUUGAGUUAGUAUGUGCUGAUCUCUCGGAUCAAACCAACUUUAUUCCUCGCUCUGCCAAGGAUGUUGAGGCCAUUGAAGAGUCCUCCUUUGAUGGUCACAAACUGCCAUUUCAUGCAUUGCGAUUGAAUCCAGAGGACUUCCAAGGAUAUGAAGAAUUGGUGAUACUAGAUACAAUGACCAAGUUGAGAAGAAAGAAAAAUUUUGUGAUUGUUGAGCGCAGUCACUUGAAGGAUACCCAAUACAACCUUGCUAAGGACAUGUUUACCUUGAUUACUAGAGGGGCUGAAGUCUCCUUGUUGCCCAGCAGUCCACUUGCUAUUAAUUUGCAUAUUUCAGGGGCAUGGUCAAGUAUUUUAUCCUACCGCUUAGAAUUAAAGGGCCUACAAAAGUUGCUGGACGGAAAGUUCGAACCUUUCAUGCGCCAAUGGAAGGAAGAACCAUACGAAACCAAAUGGCACAUCAAUUUGAAUUCACGCAGAUACAUCCUGAUUUCAAUGCAUGGAAUUGCUCCAUAUACUCCAUUCAACCAAAAGCCAGAUACCAGGGGGUUGAAUUUGGAGCUUUGGAAAGAUCCACAGUUGGAUAUGAAUGAGAACGAGAUCGAGACAAUUGAUGUUGUUCUUAAAGUUGACUGGGCGAACAGCUUAAAACUAUUGGUGUUGCGGUACAGACUCGCUACGAUUUCGCAAUGCCUUGCUAUCACUGUUCUUGCAACAAUGUUCCAGUUUGCUCAGUAUUUCAGUUCAGGAACCUUCCCAGACUACAUAUUCGGCUUGCUGAGGGUAACGCAGCGCAACGUGAUGGUUCCAAUCUUGAUCAUCCUAAUCCUAUUGACUCCUCUUACAAAGCUUCGUGCCGUUCAAACGUUUUUAAACGUGAUAGACCCGGUAGUGCUUCAUGAUCCUAAUGAAUUGAACUUGAGUUUACAUGAUGAUUUCACACUCAAUUCGUUCUUCCUUGGUUUACAAGAGCUGGUUUUAUCUGGAGUCAGUUGGGUUUUCUUUACAAUGGGUGUUGGACUCAACUUCCUCUUGUACUACGCGCUCCAGUUUAUUGGCAUUGUUGUACUCACGGCAGCGUCCCUUGUACUGGGUGUUUUCUCAAGGAUAGACAAUACCCAACAGAGAGAUGUGGAUAAUUCUCUGAGAAGGAAAUUUGUCACCACUGCCCUCAUAGUAUGUGCGGUGCUUUUCUAUCUUCCUUAUCAAUUUGCAUACAUGGUGAGCUUUGUCAUUCAGGUUGUCACUACCGUCAAAUCCAUGGCACACAAUAGAACUAGGUCGAUGUGGAACUAUCAUAUCAGUUUUCUCAUGAUGAUGUUGUGGGUUCUUCCCAUCAACGUGCCUGUACUUGUUGUUUUUGUCCACAAUCUUAAUAUUCAGUGGAACACCCCAUUCUCCUCGCACCACAACUUCAUGGCAGUUGCACCAAUUGUGGCACUUAGCGAAGUACACAGUUUUUUCCCCGAAUCAAUGCCGUUUGGCGGAGAGAAUAAGCAGAGAAUAAGCAAAAAGGUGUUUGCAAAGGUAACGUUUGCAAUUCUAGGAUACACUGUGUUUUACUGUACUAUGUAUGGUGCCAGACACACGUUUUGGCUCCACCACUUGUUCAACAUAUGGUGCAGUUGGCUCCUUAUUGGAUUCCUUGACCACAUGUACAGCCCUCAUGACGAAAAGAGCAAAUAG